UGAAACAUGUAAUCAGACCAACAGAACAUCAACAACGUCAGACGUAAGAAUUUCUCGGUAGUGAUAGUUUCAGAUCAAAACAUCACUCGUAUUAAGUAUUUGGACGUAUAUAAUUACAACCAAAAUGCCUAGUACCAAAGACCAACUCACAAAAUAUGAAAAGAUCGAGGCAUUUGUCAAGGGUUUUAAACUCUCUACUCUCACAUAUAAACGUGUUAUGACACUUCUCAACAGUGAGAUGAAAAGUGGUCUAACUAAACAAACAAAUCAUGUUGCCGAUAUUAAAAUGUUUCCGACAUUUGUCCGAUCAUUACCAGAUGGAACAGAAAAGGGCGAGUUUUUGGCCUUAGAUUUAGGAGGAACUAAUUUCCGAGUAUUACUGGUUAAAUUACAUGGUAGUGAUGUAGAAAUUGAAAGUAAAACGUAUCUCAUACCACAGAGAAUUAUGUUGGGUACAGGAAAACAGUUAUUUGAUCAUAUUGCUGAUUGUAUUGGUAAAUUUGUUAAAGAUCAUAAUAUACAGGGGCAGAAAUUACCCCUUGGUUUUACAUUCUCCUUCCCGUGUAAGCAAGAAGAUUUAGCGGCCGCCAGAUUAUCAAAAUGGACAAAAGGUUUCCGAUGUGAAGGUGUUGUAGGAGAAAAUAUAUGUCAUUUAUUACAUGAAGCUUUAAAACGUAGAACAAACUGUGAUGUUGAAAUUAUAGCCGUUGUGAAUGAUGCUGUUGGAACAUUAAUGUCUGCAGCCCACAGUGAUAGAAAUUGUGAAAUAGGACUUAUAUUAGGAACAGGAUGUAAUGCAUGUUAUAUGGAAGAUCUGGAUAAUGUUGGAUUAUGGGAAGCUGCUGAUGACGAUCAUCCACAACAGGUUAUUAUAAACACUGAAUGGGGGGCUUUUGGUGAUAAUGGUUGUCUGGAUUUUAUAAGAACAGAGUAUGACCGGGAACUUGACACCUAUUCCAUCAAUCCUGGAAAACAAAUUAUGGAGAAAAUGAUAUCUGGUAUGUAUAUGGGGGAGAUAGUACGUCUGGUGUUAGAGAGAUUAACUAUGGAAGGGUUAUUAUUACAUGGAGCGGACAGAGAAUGUCUUCUGUUUGAAAGAGGAAAAUUUUACACCAAAUAUGUAUCUGAAAUUGAGAGUGAUCAUGAUGAGUUUUUUGCCAACACAAAGCAAGUAUUAGAAGAAUUAGGAAUUGAGAAUUUUACAACAGAAGACUGUAAAAUAGUGAAGUAUGUUUGUACAUUGGUGUCGGCACGAGCUGCGUUUUUAGCUGCAGCAGGUUUAGCAACUUUAAUCAAUAAAAUUGGUCGUAAAGAAAUGACUAUUGCUGUUGAUGGAUCUCUCUACAGAUUUCACCCACGAUUUCACAAUCUCAUGUGCCUUAAAAUACAGGAACUUAUCAGACCGGGACAAAAGUUCAAACUAGCAUUAUCUCAUGAUGGCAGUGGAAAGGGGGCAGCACUGGUAGCAGCCGUUGCCAUGCGUUUAAGGAAUAUUAAAGGAUUAAAAGAUGUGGAAGUGGCGGCUUGAAGGGGGAAUUGUUGUAGUUACCAUGGAGACGGUGGCAUUUAUAAAGCUUACAAGCGCUAUGUUAUUCUUUUUUUUUUGGCAGCAAUCAUGAGCUUGCCUUGUGGCUGACAGAUAUAACAUAAGGUUGUUGGACUGGAAGUAUGGUCUAUAUUGGUUUGUGAAUGGAUGAGUUGAUCUUCAUUUUAUUUCUUAGCCUUUCUCAUGGAUUCAUUAUCUAAGAAUAAUAACAACAUAAUUAAGUGCCUUUCAUCCAAAUGAUUGUGUCAUGAGUACAACCGAUCUGAUCAAAUUCACCACUCAACACUGCACAGCAAAAACAACAUAAUCGACUAAAAAGAUGUGAGCGAUAUAUGAAACAUUGUGAUAUCAGACCAACCACCGUAAACCGUUAGAGAACUUUAGACAUUAAACACUUAAAGUCUGAAUGGUUUUAUGAAGUCAAAGCUUCAUGAUGAACAAAACGAUGAAGACUGAAUGAAAAGCAUAAAUUAAUAAUAUUGUUAAUUCAUAUAAUGGAAUCAUUAGAAUUGUUCAAAGAAAUCAAAUAUUGUUCAACUAUUUACCGUUAUAAUACUGAAUAAUAUAACAGACAUAAUAACAAUAGUGGAAAAUAUGAAUUUAUUGUUUUAUGAAAUUAAUACCUCACAACUGAAUAUGUGCUAUUUUCAAGCACACAUAAUUAUGUUCUAUAAACACAUAUUAAUUAAUAUUAAUAUUACUAUACUCAGUGUUAUACCAUUUCACUUACAAAUCUACGAUAUUACUUAUAUAUUGAAGAUAUUCUGUGAUUUUACUCAUUUGGAACCGGUUACAAAAUUUUAUCAAAGAUGAGAAAUAUGGGAUAUUAUUACCCUUUAUUUGUUAUGUACACCAAAGGUGAAUCAAUAAUUUGACAUAUGUUAAAUUGAAAAGAUAGACGAUUGCGUGCCAUGUUAUUAUAAAUUAUUAUUUAAGUAAAUUAUCCAAAAGUAUUACGACUGCUGUUUGUUAUCAUUUUUGCUUGUUAUUGUUUUUUUUUGUUUACCAGAUUUUUACCAUAAUUCACUGUUACAUGACAUCCUGCGAUUGUCAUUUAUACAUGUACUGUUAGAUUUAAUCACGAAAUACUAAAUAUGAUAUUAGAACAUGUCUUACCGGUAGUAUCAGUUAUACAGGAAUUUGGAUGCAGUGAUUUUCUUACACCAUUUUUUAUUAGAAAAUGUAUUUAGUGGUUUUAUUAGUUACUGCAAAAUAAUUUAGGGCAAAAUAAGUAUUUGAAUUAGGUUUUGUCUUUGUCCUUAUUUGACAUUUUGGCUGUUCAACAAAAAGUCUGAACAUUAUCUACCGACACAAAAUUUAUAACAUAGAAAGAGACACAUCAAAUUGACACUUUCAAUUUGCACUUAAAUCCAACAAAUUAAAACCAAGGAUAGGUAAUUAUAAUUAGAUCUUCUGAAUGCAACAUUUUUGUUUUCAGUAUUUGAAGAGGCAGCUAUUGAAUCUUCUGGGGGGUUUUUUGUGUUAUUUACAGAACUACUUACAAAUCUGUUUGACAAAAUCUUUUUGCUGGAAACUAGAAUUUAAGUCAUACAAAUUCAAAUAUUUUUAUUUGCUUAUUUUAUUAGUGCUAAAAAUACCCUUUUUUCACAAAUUCUCAUUUUAAAACAAUAAUUUUUAAAUUUUUUUUAUAUUCUUAAAAAUGCCAUUUAGAUUUUUUCAUCUGAAAUUUACUUGUAACUCAAAUCUUGAAGAUGAUCUGUUAGUUUUACUUCAAAUUUUUAAGAUUCAUACUAAUGCUAGUUUGAUUUUAUUCCCAAAUAAUGCAUUUGAUGUGGCAUAAUUUACUUUUUGAAAUUUUCAUUGACUUUUUGUUUCUUGUUUCAUUUAUUAAAGAAAGUUAAUUAAUAUACAUAAUUGUAAAUAUUGUAAAUAUAUCUUAUAUACCCUGUGUUCUAUUUACCUGACACAACAAUAAUGCAAUUAAUACAUAAAGCUGAUCAGAGAAUCUGUUGUUAAUUUUUCUUAAUAUAAAGCUUUUAGCAUAUACCGGUAUAUCAUCCAAAGCGCUUUAUAGUUUGGAAUUUGAGAUUACGCUACACUGUUUCCUGAGGCUGGAUUGAACUUCACAAUGUAAUAAUCAAGUCAAAUAUGUAUAUAAUGCACUAAUUAAGAUUAAAUUGAAAUCAUAUGUUAAUGGUGAGACUUCAAUAACACUGACUGAUUAUAUUAUGUUGUGUAACAAUAUUUCUAUGUUUAAGAGACUAAUGCUUGUAAUUGUUGCCAUUAUUUAAUCGACUGCCAAAGAUGGUUAUUUUUUUACAUGGAAGAAAAAUCUUGAUGGUUUUUUAAAACAUGUACAGCUAAAAUUUGCAUGUAAUAUUUAGGUUAUUAUGUGUGUUUCUAUAUAUUGUAAUGCAGCUACAUUUAACUUGAAGCAAAAUUAUAAAGAUUUUGUGUAACUCCUGUGCAUUCAUGAUAGAAAAUAUUCUUACAUUAAAUAUAUAGUAUGAACUACUGUUGCAGGAGUCCCUAUAUUAAUAUUGUACAUCUUCCCUCUUAGCAACUUUAACUCAACAACUUAUUCCAUGACAAACCGACCUGUCAGUGAGAUAUAAAUUAUAAUAUUUUCUGCAGUUCCAGGGCCCUCACAAGCCCCAGGGCAAAAGUUUCAGUGACACCCCCGCCCCCAACUGCUUUGUUUAAAAUACAAUUUUAUGUGAAGGCCCUGUGCGGUUCAGAUGUUAAGUCAGAUAUCUUGAAUUAGCAGUGACGUCGAUCUAUAACUGAGGCUAAAGAGAAGUGAGAUAAAUAAUGAUAGUUAUUUGUUGUGUUAAAUGUAAGAUUUAGAAAGAAUACCAUCUUCUAAUCUGUUUUUAUCACAACAAAUAAACUUACCUGGUCAUAGAUCUAUGUUAUGUGAUAUUUAUAGUUAAUAUGAACUGAGCAAGAACGAUGCCGACAUCUUUUGGAGUCCCCAAAAUGAUCGUAAAUGAAAGAGUUUGGAUCAGUUUUGAAGUAAGGAAUUCUGUUUAUGUCAUUUUGUUAUUGUUAGAGACACGUUCUAUUUGAAGAUAAAAUGUGACAGUAAAAUGGCUGUUGUAAUUAGUAUUCUAAUAGUUUCUGGUAUUAACAAUGUGAUGGUUAAUAAUAUAUGGUUAAUAAUGACAGAAAUAUAAGUCAGGAGAGGUAACAUCAAUUUAGAUGUAUUUCUUAAAAUACAAACUAUAUGGUGAUAUAAUAAAAUAUUAUAAAUUUGUCACAACUUUCUACUCAAAUGGAUAUGGCUUCAUGUAUACAUGAUGUAAUAUUAUCAAUUCUGUUGAAUAUGAAAUUAAUAUUGAAAGAAAGUAUGGUGGCAGAUUGUUUUUUUGUUAUUAAAUAAAGUGGAAAUGGAAACCAAAUUAUCAUAAUAAAAGGUUGAGAGAUU